UAUUACCAGACUGCAAAAUGUUUUCGGUUUAGAUCACACACCUGUAAGAGGCGUCAACUACUAAAGACCUACUUGCACAGAUAUUACAGAUUUUUACGUGCGUUACAUAAAGGACUUAAUAUGAAAAAUUUAUCCUCGACAAGAUGUUCUCGAAGGAAAAAGAAAAAAGAAUUUCGAAGAAAAAAGCCGGUAUCAAGUACAAAGUAUCAACCAUUCAAACGCUACAAACAUUUUAGAACAAAGCAACUAAACACAAGUUUCAAACAAAUCAAGUUCAUGAUUGAUGUAAAAGCAGUGAAGGAUGACGAGGUCAGAUUAAAACGAUGUGACGAAAAAUAUUCACAGCUAGAUCUGAUGCACCAAUUUAUUUUACAGAAGUUAGAGAAGAUGGAGAAAUUGGUAGAAAGAGAAGCUGAUCAACAUGCCGCGGAACAGUAGACGGCUAGUGCUAACAAUCUAUUCGAUAGAGAUAUUAUUUGUUAGUUCUGCCACUCGAAGAUCCAUGUAAUAAAUUUUUAAUCAUGAGAAAUUAGUAUAAGUACAGUAAAUGUACGUUAUUCAAAACAGUUCUUACAAAACAGUGAUUUGAGUGACAGUGAAAUUGUUUUAGAUAUAUGUAUAUCCAGUAAAACUAUCUAAAGGCUCAAAGUAAGCAGCACCUGUGCCAUUUGUGGAUACACUGAGAGAGGUUAAGAAAAACAACUUGAUACACAUACUCCGUGACAGUUUUUGUGCGUCGUAUAUUAAAAUUAAACCACACAAGAAACACUAAAACAAUGUCAUCAGGGAUCAGUUUUAAAGUGACUUCCGUAACAUAGGUCAAGUAUUCAGACUUACGGCCUGUUUUUGUCUGCGUCUCUGGCAAGCCUUGUGCUGUGGUUGUGGCCCACCUAUAUUGUUUAAUGCAAAAGCAAAUGAGAUGCUUCAUGGGACUUCAUGUGCGUUUGAUCCUGCUUUAGACACUCUUAUUAAUUGUUUUUUUUGUAACGAGAUCUUUAUCAGAUUACACCGAUUGUUUGAUUUUUUUUAUGUUUUUGUUUUUUUUUUAAUGUGUCCAAUAUCAAUGCCAAUUUUUAAUUACAAAUUGUCAACAUGAUGUUUCAUUAUAAGAUAUAUAUCAGUUUACCUGUAAAUACAUAGGCCACACAUUUUUCAUAUCUAAUGAAAUGCAAAUAGUUUGCAACGGAAUAAACACGAUUAAAACGAAUUGUUCAUGGCUUAAUUGAAUUGAUGUUUUUCUAGCA